AUGUUCAGCUCCGUGCCCCAGGGCACCGGUUACGACAAGACCAUCAAGAACAUGUUGAUCAACAAGAACACCAAGGUUGUCUGCCAGGGAUUCACCGGCAAGCAGGGUACCUUCCACUCCAAGCAGGCCAUUGAGUACGGUACCAACAUGGUCGGAGGUGUCUCCCCCAAGAAGGGUGGCCAGACUCACUUGGGUCUCCCCGUCUUCAACACCAUCGCCGAGGCUGCCCGUGAGGUCAAGCCCGAUGCUUCCGUCAUCUACGUUCCUCCCCCCAUGGCUGCCGGUGCCAUCUUGGAGGCCAUUGAGGCCGAGAUUCCCUUGGUCGUUGCCAUCACUGAGGGUAUUCCCCAGCAGGAUAUGGUUCGCGUUGUUCAAGCCAUGAAGUCCCAGGAUAAGACCCGCUUGAUCGGACCCAACUGCCCCGGUAUCAUUGCCCCCAAUGCCUGCAAGAUCGGUAUCAUGCCCGGCCACAUCCACAGGGUCGGAAAGAUCGGUAUCGUCUCCCGCUCCGGUACUCUUACCUACGAGGCUGUCAACCAGACCACCGAGGUCGGUCUUGGUCAGUCCCUUUGCAUCGGUAUCGGUGGUGACCCCUUCAACGGAACCAACUUCAUUGACUGCUUGACCUUGUUCUUGGAUGACCCCAACACCGAGGGUAUCAUCAUGAUCGGAGAGAUCGGAGGUAGCGCCGAAGAGGAGGCCGCCGAGUUCUUGAAGCAGUACAACUUGACCCGCGAGCAGCCCAAGCCCGUCGUCUCGUUCAUUGCCGGACGCACUGCUCCCCCCGGUCGCCGCAUGGGUCACGCCGGAGCCAUUAUUGCUGGAGGCAAGGGAGGUGCUGAUGACAAGAUCAAGGCCCUCGAGAGCGCCGGUGUCAUUGUCUCGCAGUCCCCCGCCAAGUUGGGAGUCCUUAUGCGCGCUGCCAUGGAGAAGGCUGGUUUGGUUUAA